UGUAUCCAAAAUAUGGUUUCCCAAUUAUUAUCUUCUUCUUCUAGCUACUGACGAUCACAAUCCGACAAACAAAACAACAAUAUAUAUUUGACAAUAUUAAUGGCAUCUCUCACACAUUCUCAUUAACCAAACUGUAUUAACCAAAAUGGGAGCUCUCUCUUCACCCAUUUCUCUCUUUUUGUUCUCUCCUAAGCAAAAUAAUGUUCCAACUAACAUGCAAAGGCACCAACGGGUUAUCAAGUUUUGUGUCAACAAUGUGAUGGCUAAGUCAACGGUUUCCACGACUGAGAGGACAAGCUUUGGGUUCAAGAAUUUGACUGAGACUUUCUGGGUUGAUGUACAUGGAGCAGAAGGGAGACCGCUUAAUGUUAUUGUUUCUGAGGCGAUAAAUGUAGGUUCAGAAAGUGUUGAGAAGGUGGAGAAUGUGGGCGUUAGAAUUGAGUUGAGUAAUGGAUGUGUUGGGUGGGGUGAGGUGGCAGUGGUUCCUUUGGUUGGUGGAGAUGAUCAAGCUAAGGCUCUUGUGAAAGUGAGAGAGGCAUGUCAGUUUCUGAGGCAAACUCCACCAAUGACUUUGAAUCUGGCUCUUGAUGAGAUUGCAGCAAUUCUUCCUGGGGCUGAAUUUGCUUCUGUUAGGACAGGAGUUGAAAUGGCAUUGAUUGAUGCAGUUGCCAGUAGCAUUGAUGUGCCCCUAUGGAGAUUGUUUGGUGGAGUGUCGAAUAGCCUAUCCACUGCUAUUACAAUUCCAUCUGUCUCCCCAUCUGAAACCACUGAAUUGGCUUCAAAAUACUGUAAAUUGGGAUUUAAGACCUUAAAGCUUAAGGUGGGAAAAGAUCUGAAUGCAGAUAUUGAAGUUCUACAAGCCAUACAAACUGUUCAUCCCCAUUGCUCACUUAUCUUGGACGCAAAUGAAGGAUACAGUUCCAAGGAAGCAAUUGAAGCACUUGGAAAGUUAAAUGAUAAGGGGAUAAUUCAUUUUCUAUUUGAACAACCGGUUCAUAGAGAUGAUUGGAAAGGUCUUCGUGAUGUCAAUAAUGUCGCGAGAGACGUAUAUGGGAUAAAUGUCAUUGCAGAUGAAAGUGUCAAGAGUUUGGUUGAUGUUCAGAAAGUUAUCAAGGAAAAUCUCGCUAGUGUUAUUAACAUUAAACUUUCCAAAUUUGGGGUCAUGGGGACCCUUGAAAUUGUUGAGGUUGCUAGAUUAUGCGGCAUGAAGCUUAUGAUCGAUGGCAUGGUUGAGACAAGACUUGCCACAGGCUUUGCAGGUCACCUGGCUGCUGGUCUUGGAUGCUUCAAAUAUAUUAAUCUGAAUAGCCCUCUUCUUUUGCUAGAGGAUCCAGUGGUGGGAGGUUAUGAAGUUUCUGGUGCCAUUUACAAUUUCGUAAAUGCUAGAGGUCAAGGAGGUUUCCUGAAAUGGAGCACUAUUUCCUGGUGA